CCCCGCCUCCAGCCUUUCACCCACCCACACCUGUCCCAGGCUGGCAGUAUCCUCCAUGACAGAAGUCACCACAGGGUCUCCUCAGCUUUACCAGUUCCAGGUGUCUUCUCAGCCCCUGGGGAGUAUGGGCUGGCCCCUGCUGCUGCUGCAGCCGCCACCCGUGUUUCUGUUCUGCAAGCUGGAAGCUCCGCAGGAUCCAGACCACCGUAUGAGCAGGGAGUGGACCAACCAGAACACCCCGUGGGCGGCUCCAUCGAUAUCCCCUUCUCCUUCUAUCACCCCUGGGAGUUACCCAGAGAUCCCGAAGUGAGUAUACACUGGAGGCGGCACAACUUCCAUGGAGAAAUCUUCUUCAGCACCACCCCGCCUUUCACCCAUGAGGAUUACAGGAACCGGCUGACCCUGAACUGGACGGAGGGUCAGAACAACGGCUCCCUCAGGAUCUCCAACCUGCGAAUGAAGGACAGGAACGUGUACUUCUGCCGGGUCAGUCUGAACACACUGAACAAUGGCAAGAAAGAGAGGAAAGAGUGGCAAUCCAUCCAGGGGACCAGGCUCACUGUCAUGUCCGCUGUCAAGACCACUACCAGGAGUCCCUCCAGCAUAGCCUCCACUGCCAUUACAGCCACCAUAGAAGGCAAAAGGAACUCAGGAUGUGGGCCCCUGAGUCUGGGGACUGCCAUCUGGCUGCAAAUGGCCUGCCUGGUGCUCAAAGUCGCCUUUUUGGGACUGAUGCUCUUUCUGAGGUGGAAGAGAGGGAAAGGUCUGCAGCCUAAAGCCAAAACCUCAGCCGGGGACCCCUUCCAGAACACUGAGAAGAAAUAUGAGAAUCUUGAGAAUAAAGGAGUCAACAUGGUGACCCCAAGAUAAGCAGCCCAGACAAGGGCCUGACAGAAUUAAAAAGAAGCUGGGAGAAGGCAAGAUGGAGGAACAGAGGGACUGUGUAUGGGCAAGGCCCUCAGGUUCAG